AUCAAGAAAAAAAGUUUCUCUACAAAAGGAUAAAACAGAAAAGCAAAAAAAUUAAAUCACACGUUGAUUUCUUUAAUUAUUGUAUAAAAAAUUGUAUUGUUGUAUAAUUUAUAAUUUUGUUGCAAAUUCUUUUAAUCGAAAAUGAAUAUAAUUGGAAUUGAAAAUGUUAUCGCAAUAAUAUUUGCAUUAACAUUGCAAAUAGUAGUGUCAACGAGAAGAACAGCAAGCGAGCGAGCUGAUGAAUUUAAUGAGUUAUACAAUAAACAAUAUGAUGUUAUUGACAAUCAUAUUGCUGAUUGUUUUAAAAAUGAGGCUUGGAAUUAUAUUGAAGAAUAUGUUCUCAGUGAUGAUGAACUGCAAUCAUUUAUUAUCAAAAUAAAUAAAACUGGACGUCCAAGUAUAAAUUACAAAAAUAGAAAAUUACUCAAUCCAGUUGAUUUUUCGAUUUUGCGAUUUUUCACUUAUUUGGAAUCAACCACUUUUCAAUUAAGAACAGCAACGAAACAAGUUGAAAGUCUUAAAUCACAAUCCAAAAUUUGAGAUCGAUACCCCCGCAGGUUGGCGAAUGAAAAGGGCAAUUUACAGUUUGCUUCUUCGACAAUAUAAUCCAACAUUUGACUCACAUUCUAGUAAUAAUCCUGAGAGACAUUGUUUCUUUGCAAGUUUAAGAAAAAAUGAAAUGAUUGCUAAAGUCAAAGAGGGCAUUACUUAUAGAAAUGCACAAUUUCGACUUUGCUAUCCUGAAUUAAAAGAUGUUAUUGCUCCAGAAACUGAAAUUGACAAUAAUUCUUUAACUCUAGUUUAUACUAAACUGACAUUUUCGAAAUAUUAUCAAGUUUUAAAUAUAAAAGAAAUUACAGAUGAUAAUCGCGAUCUUUAUGUAAUUCUUCCUGAAACAAACUACAGAUUCAGUGAUCCAUACAGAUUUAUGCAUAAUAAAAUGUUUAUUCAAAUGUUACCAAUGCAAAUAACUGAAGUCAACGAUAUUUUAGGAGUAUUGGUUCACAUGGCAAAUGCAAUUGAAAAUUUAAAAACUAAAGAGGAGAAUUAUUUAAAAAAUCUCUAAUAAUUUUAAUAAAGAAAAUUUAUCCAUUUUAUUUUUAAUCGUAAAAGAAGAAUUUCAACGAUAUGAUAAAAA